CCCCACUAUCACUGAACAAUUUGUCUUUUUACUGAGAUUUCAUUCAUGUGCUUCUUGUCAUUGUUAAGCGUUCAUUGGCUGGGGACCAAGUUAUAGUAGCUGUUUGAGUGAGUUGGCCCUUAGUGAACAUUCUACAUAUUUUGCUACUAGUAUGCGUCAAUUUUGGGCUACAUUUUUUUUGUAAUGACUUGUGGGAUUAAAAAUUUGACUUGUACUACUGGUACAGCAGAGCAUGUGCAAGCAAAACUAUUUUGGUUGCAGUCACACAACUGAUGGGAAUAAAAUUUAGCACCUGCCCAGCUGUUAACUGCAGUACAAGCCAGUUUUUAGUCAAACUAGUCAUUACACACAAAAURAGGACCCAAAAUCUAUGACUCUAUCAUACAUUUUGGAGCCACAUUUAUACAAUAAUUGGUGCACGGAACAUGCACAAUUUAAUGUAUUGACACCAUGAAGAAAAAUCAAAAUUUUGUUAAAGUGGUCAACAAUGUGGGCACAAUAGCAAAGGAAUAUAAGGGUGUUUUAUCUGCCACAUGCGUUUAAAACAAGUGGUGCAAUUAUGGUUGUGACGAACAAAAAUUAUCAUAGCGUUGGCCAGCCAAACCGUGGUACUAGUACUACUAGUGCUGGGCGGCUCACCAGUACUCCUCCUCCUACCACUACUAGUUGUGGUACUAGUACUACUACUAGUAGUACUAGUAGUCGUACUACAAGAAGUGGUGGUGCUCCUGGUGCUGGUGUAUAAGAGGAAUACUACUACUAGUAGUAGUAUUGACUUGGAUACCAAAUGGUGAUUUCUCCACCACAGAAAAUGGUGUUGGAUAUCAUGUUUGAACAAUACUAGUCCAUCUAUUGGUGAUCACCAAUGAAGAAGAUUCAUAACAACUUGUAAUGUAGUAGUAGUAUGCUGUCGUAAGAGUGAUACAUAUUUUUGACAAACAAUGGGCGAUUCCCGUUAAUCUAGAUGGUCUAAAAAUCAAAAGUAGACCUUUUAGACUUUUUAGUUUAACAGGAAUCAUUUAAAACAGGGCCCAACAGACAUUUUUAGGCACUCGUUCUGGUCUUAAAGGAAUUUGGAAUCUUGACAUCUUUGAUUAUCAUGCUGUCUUCUUUCUUGGCGCUUUCUGAUUAAGAGAAGGUUUAGUUACGUAGUAAAAAAUUUUAAGUCUUAAAUUUGUUGGGUCUUUUCAGUUGAGUCCUACAACGGAUUUUCAUUGUUGGAAAUUCCGGUCUAGAUUUAGACUUUCUGUCAAGGGUGGAUUGUGCGUUGACAGAAAGUCUAAAAAUUCGGACUAGAAAGUCUAUUUUUGGUCUGUCUGUCUGUCUGUCUGUCUGUCUGUCUGUCUGUCUGUCUGUCAAAAAGUAGACCAUCUAGAUUAACGGGAAUCGCCCAAUGAUUUUCUUUUUGCUAAUUUUUUUUUACAGAAUUCCAUAAAUUUCAGGUCGUACUCCUACGUACCUGGUAUGGUAGUACCUCGAAAGAUAGGUAAAUCGCGCGAUUUUGUUUUGAUCCAGCGCGCAGAGUAUUGGCGUGAUAUCGAGGGCGGGAAAUUAGAAUUUUGAAAUACUGGCUCCCGCGACCGACGUAGCAAGAAAGUCGAACCCCAUUUAGUGGCACAUACUGUUCGUAUCAURCCGCGAAAGAUCUUCACAACACCUGUUUUCAAAUUCAAAAAUCACUUUUUAGGAUUAGCCGCUUGGCACAGCAUUUUGAACGAGUUCUUCAAAAGACUAAAUUUUCAACAAAACCUGGAAGUUUGCAUUGCCUCCAUGCCGAUGAAGAAGUGAUAAGGAUUGCUAUUGCUGUGCUUGUGCAGUACAAMUACCCUACGGUACAUGUACCGUACGGUAUGAUGCUCAAGAGAGAUKUUGUUUGCUCUGUUCCACCUCUCGCUUGCACUAUCCCUUCAAUACGUUUUUACCAGUUGUGAGAAAAGAAAAAAUCCUUUGCACAAGAAAUAAAGAAAGGAAGCAAAUUUCCAGCCCUAGUCCUAGUUUAUUUGCCAUUGCCUUGCCUUGUCGUGCAAUAAAUUGAUUGAUUGAUUGAUUGAUAGGUACUAAUAUCACAAAUUCUCACACUCUUACGGAACAGCAUGUUUGGGUUGAAGGAUAUGCUUCCAUUCCACCGGGCCAGCUCCGAUAGUAACAGCAAAAAGAGGAGCAKGCGAGACAAAGCAAAAAAUGGAGAGAGUACGAGAAGCAGUAGCAGAAGMAAAAACAGAAGCAUCCACCACURUAGCCAGCAUAAUCGAAGCUGCAGCGGCGGAAGUGAUUGCGGGGUCGAUGCCCACGAUGUCAAAUCGAUUGCUCUCGCUUUGAUCUCAGAGGAAAAUACCGAUGGGAGUGGCUACGAGUACUUCAACAACAGUGUCGUGGAAGAAGGCGGUGAUCCUCUGAACGAUAGCGCGAACACAGAGUCCACGGCGACGUCUUGUUCGGAGGUCAGCAUCAACUGGUUCCACAAUGAAAACSAUCACGAAAACGGCAACAUCCUCAAUGAACCCAAUGGCGAUAACCGCAUUGCCGCCAASGCAAACGCAAACGCCAACGCAUUGUACAAGCCUAGAUUUUACUACUCCCCCCUKGACCUUCUCGACAAGGCUACUUUACCGACCACCCCUAGGACGCAGGUCCUGGACGCCCUCGCCUCGGUCAAACAGUCCUGGAGCGUUAUCGAGGCAACCACGGAGGGCACCCACGAGGAAAUCGUUGAGCCGUAUCGGGAACAUUUUCAGGCCCGGUCUGUKCCGGAGCUGCUCAAGUAUGUCGAGACUAAUGUGGCGGAUCACGAAUGUGUCUUCGAGGCGAUCCGUAUUCUGAGCUGGCUGCGGUCGCUGCUGGCAGUGGGACAGAGCCCUACAAAGCAAUACGGCAAUAAAGAACGYGAAAACACCUACCGCGACAUCAACCUUGUCUUUCUCGAGGCUCACGCCGUCGCCAUUCUGGUACCAAUCCUCUCCUCCCACAAAACCACCGAUGGUUUUCUGCACUCCACCCACAAGCAUGUGUGCCUCUUUCCGGCUAUCUGGAACCUGCUGAUGGAGGUGGUUCUGUCUCCCCAAGCAAUUGCGUACUUCCGGGAUGCUAGCCACUCCACAGGCCUUCUCAACAUCGGUAUCUUUGAACCAACUACGACAAAGAAGAACCACCACGCCAGGCGGAAGCAAAAGCGGAAGCAGCACAGGGAAAAGGACCAGAURCGGAGGAAGCUUGUUGCGGCUGUAGACCUCGGGCUGGAUCGGGACGAGUACGCCAUGUCUUCCCUAUGGAUGGCACAAGCCUUACGACUGCUCACCAUGCUGCUCCGAACCUCGGAYGACACACAGACACGAUGGGCGGCUCUGGUUUCCCCUUCCACGGAAACUGCAACAACGACCACUGCGGCCACCACCGGCCUGGAACCGAACGAUGACGUUCGAUCGGCUAUUUGGGAACGCAAGAUCACUUCGAAGUUCCAGACCUUGCUGGAAAGUAACAGCACACRUAAAAACAGCGGGGGCGAGAAGGACCAUUGUUCUWCGCAAUACCCCUGGUUCAAGUACGAAGAAGUCUCGGCGGGGGCAAUUUCCUUCUUUUGGUGCUGCCUUUUCGACCGGACAGAUGCCCUCUCUGACUCCCUGGACAGGGAGGCCCUCUCCCGCUUUGUACAUGUCACAAUGAACGAGUUCCCAAAUUCGAAGAUCCUCMRGAGUGAGGGAAUCCAGAUCCUUUCGCCUCCYCGGGAAGCAUCUACGCACCACCACAAGUCAUCAGCAAACAAAUCGGACAACUCAUCAAACCAUCACUGUUACUGCUCCGAACCGUCACCGCAGUAUCCGUUGUCAUCCUCUUUUGUGUGUCCCGUUCCCUUCGCGCUUGGGAAUGGCACCCGGACCAUCCUUGUUGGGGACCCCACGAGGGCCAGGUGCCUCUACGACGACCCACUAGCUUCGCUGUCAACCUCCUAUCACAACCUUAGUAACGGUUCGAAGUCGAACCGCCAGCAUACCGCCCCUUCCCACCACCCGAAGCGACUCCUCCGCAAGCUUCUAAACACCACCUGGGCCUCGUGUUUUGCAGACCUUUGUGCUUUCAGCGAUGAACAGCACGAAAAUGAUUGUGAUGUCGAUGGCGAUGACGGGAUUCUCCACUGAGGAAGUGUACCGUAAAKGCAGCGGARUCAUUCCGAAAACAAACACGGGGAUGGAUCGAGUUUAAGUUGGAAUGCAUUAGAUCGCUCUCGCGAUAUUUAUUAGGGCCGGGAAUAACGGGAUAUUCUUGUAAUAUAUGUUGCUACACUAC